AGGUACAUUAAAAUAUAAAGUACAAAAUUAUUUUCAAAUUAAAUAUGAAAAAUUGCUUUUCUCAUUUUUUUCUGAUGAGACACGGUUUGAGAUUUUUGGUUCUAUGUAAAAAUGUGUGGGAUGCACGAUUACGAGCACUACAUGUGUUCGACAUGGGCGCGCUCAAACUAGCCGGCGACGAGCAAGUGCCCGCGUAGCAGGCAGAUUUUAAUCUAUGAUCUUCUAACUUUAUGAUUAUCUCACACCUUGUUUUUCUUUUUUUUUCUAUUUUCUAACCUCAUGAAUCUGCAACGUGCAAAUCGAUUUUGCAUGUAUACCGCAAUAAUUUCAAAUAUUAUGUUUGAGGUUAAAUUGUGUAGGUAAUAAUAAUAUAAUUAUCACGUUAAAGCUAUUAAUUUAGUUAAAUUAUCACAACGAAUUGCAAAAAUCUGGUAUUUAUACUGCAGUAAUUAGUAAUUAGUACUUUGUCCACAAGUUGCUAAACACCAAAGAAAUCUUUAUUUCUUCGGAAUAGCAUAAUUCUUAAAGAUGACUUUUUUUUCAUUUAAACUAAGAUGUUAUGUUUCAUCUAAACUAAAAAUUGUACUUUGUAUGGCGCCUGCAUUUAGGAAAAUUUUAUCUUAAGAAUGGGAUUUUUCUUUAUCUUUAAAUAGUUAUUUCGCUUCAACAGAAUGUUGUUUUCAUUUCCCAAAAAUUUACUAUUUUUGUUGGUUAUCUAGUUCUGGACUGCAACUAUUCAACUGUGACGAGGUAUCAAGAUGAUUCUGCCCUUGCUUCUGCCCUCGCUUCUACCAUACAUACCGAGGUCGUGUGCUGCAAACUACUGCACAUGUAUGACAACAAUCUUUGCGACUCUGACGUGGGUUUUCUGGCCUGAAGAUGUAGAAUUUAGCAAGCAUCCAAAAAUUAGACGAAACGUUUUCGAUAUCAUCGUUGUAGGAGGUGGCUCUGCUGGAUGUGUUUUAGGAAAUAGACUUUCAGAAAUCGAGGAGUGGAAUGUAUUGCUUCUGGAAGCGGGAGGGGAAGAACCACUCACUCCUGAUAUUCCUGGUUUUUGUUUUCAACUUGAACAUACAGCCAUCGACUGGAAUUAUACAACCCAGCCAGAAGAAGAAUCGUGCUUGAUGAACAACGGAUGCAGCCUGCCUGCUGGAAAAGUACUGGGUGGUUCAAGUACAAUGAAUCGCAUGAUGUACAUCAGAGGUAAUAAAUAUGAUUACAAUCGUUUGAAAGAAAUGGGAAUUCCUGGAUGGAGUUAUGAGGAAGUUUUACCUUAUUUCAAAAAGUCAGAAGAUAACAAAGACCCAAAGAUCGUUGAACAGAGCCCGCACUAUCACGCAACUGGAGGAAAUCUGUCAGUAUCGACAGCUCCUUUUCUCUAUCCAUCAGGAAAAAUAAUAGAAAAAGCUUUCAACGAAAUCGGAUAUCCAACCAUAGAUAUUAAUGGCGAAAGUCAAAUAGGAAUAACUCUUUCGCAAACAACUAUAGACAAUGGAGUACGUGAAAGUGCCAAUGCAGCAUUUAUUCGUCCAAUCAGAGGAACAAGACCCAAUUUGGUAGUUAGGAAUAAUAUCUACGUAACUAGAAUUUUAAUAAAUCCGGUGUCGAAAAGAGCCUUUGGUGUUGAAUGUAAAUCAUCACCCACUGGACCUUCGCACUAUUUUUAUGCAAAGAAAGAAGUAAUUGUAUCUGCAGGUACUAUAGGCUCACCAAGGCUACUGAUGAAUUCGGGCGUGGGACUAGCUGAAGAACUUGAAAAACAUGGAAUUCAAGUAAUUAAGAAUUUAUCGGUAGGAAAAAAUCUUCAGGAUCAUAUCCAUUUUAAUAAAAUAGCCGGAAUAAGAAAAAAUUCGACUCCAGAUGAUAAUAUUGACAAAUGUAAAGAAAAUGUUGAGAAUUUUAUUUAUUAUGCAGAAACGCAACAAGGGUUUUAUUCUGCACCGACACCAGUGCUUCUUACUGGUUUUUUUCGCACAGAAUAUGAAGAACAUACAGAUGUACCGGAUAUACAAUUUAUUUUAAGUCUAAGUGAUAAAAGUGCAAGUCAAUUCUCUUUAUUUCUAGCAUUAAUCACUCCCAUGAGUAGAGGAUUCAUUCAACUUAAUGCUACAAAUCCAGUCUGGGGUCCACCUCUGAUAUAUACUAGAUAUUUAACUGCCGAUUUGGACCUCAAACGUUUCAUUCAGGGUAUCCGAAUUGCACUUAGUAUAUUCGAUACAAAAAUUAUGAAAGAGAAUAAUUUCGUAGUUGAUGAUACCCCAAUACCUCCUUGCGGUAAUUUUACAUUCAAUACAGACGAAUAUUGGACCUGUGUGCUGAGACAUUUCGCUAGUUCAUUUUAUCAUCCUGUAGGAACAUGUAAAAUGGGUCCUAGAAAAGAUUCGGAAGCUGUUGUCGAUCCAAGGUUACGAGUUUAUGGAAUUAGAAAUUUAAGAGUUAUCGAUGCGUCUGUCAUGACAUUCGUUCCGAAAGGAAAUACUAAUGCACCAGUUAUUAUGUAUGCUGAAAAAGCUAGUGAUAUGAUUAAAGAAGAUUGGUUAGGAAAAAUGAAUUAUAAGAAAAAAUAAGGAUUCAAAAUAUUCAAAUAUUCAAAAUAAGCGCACUUUUUGGAUUUUGCUCCAAACUGGCUAGCCAACAAACUUGACCUUUACUUUAGGGCACUAAAAGAGUGUACCAAAGACCAAUCUAAUAUAUUAAUUUUUUCAAAAGUUAGUCAUUGUGCUCACAGCCAUAUAUGCAUAGACACAUGCAUAUACGCAUGCAUACUUGCAUUCACACAUACAUAAAUACAUACUUACUUCCAAACAGACAUACAGACAGCAAAUUCGUAAAAAACCCUUUUUUCGGAUUGAGGGGGCCUUAAAACCUGGAGACUUGAUAAAAAGGGGCCGGUGAAGAGGUGGUCAAAUUCUACACAUAUCUAUUACCUUCUCUAAUGAGAAUUUAAUUAAUAAAUAACACUAAAUUCUAAAUAAUUUAAUAAUUAUUAUCAUUUUCAUAGCUGCGUGAUAUGUUUUAGCAUUGAUUUCCCUAGUGUAAAAAUCUUCUGUCUGUGUGAUGUCAGAUCUAGCCCAAAUCUGGCAACGUCUAGACCAUCUAGUCAGCAAUCCAUAACAUGAAAAUUUCUAAUUGUCAAUCAGGCAAUGUGUUUUUAACAUUUUUGAAAAAUGACCAGGAUGUCUAAAGUUAAAGGAAAAUAAGAUAUUAUCACAUUUCAAAAUCAUUAUUUUUUCUUAUUUUUUUGGAAGUCUAGUCUGGCCCAGAUCUGGGACUGGUCCUCAAUUUAUACCAUACAAGCUUCUAAGUACCAAUUAGCAAAAAUUUUUUCAGUAUUCCCGAGAAACUUUCAAGGUUUCUAAAAUAACACAAAAUAGGAAAUUAACACUUUUCAAAAUCAAUUUUGUGUUUGUUAUUUUAUUGAAUCUAGUCUGGCCCAGAUCUGGGACUGGUCCUGAUCUGGCCAACGAGAUUGUGACCGCAGCCAGGGUCAGGUGGGCCCUAAAGUCCUUCAGCCCUUACAAGUCUCCCGACCCGGAUGUUAUAUAUCCAGUCCUCUUUUAGAGGGCUGGUGAUAUCAUCAUUGGGCCGUUUGUGAGACUGUCUAGGGCUAGUUUGACGUUGGGUUAUGUUCCGACCGCAUGGAGGGGUGCAAGAGUAGUCUUUAUUCCAAAGGCAGACAGGAUCGGUUAUACUUCACCCAAAGAAUUCCGAUCCAUUAGCCUCACAUCUUUCCUACUCAAAACAGUGGAAAGACUCGCGAUUUGACCUGGAGCACCUGGAUCGUCGACAAAUAAUUUUUUGUAAUUUCAGCUAUUGAAACAA